UCAAGUGGCAGAAAUAGAAGGAAGAGGGAGAAUUGGGGGAAGGAGAUGUACUUUUCGUAUGAUUUUAAGCGGAAGGAGGCUAAGAAGUCACUGAGUCAGUAUAUAAAGGCACAGAAAGAUUAUAUGGAUUAUGAGAAGCAUAGGAAGCAGGAUUUUUACUUUUUGGAUAUAUUGACAGAUAGUCAGCAGAUUGGAGUCAGCGCGAUACCUAAUAUGACUGAGGAAAAAUAGGUUAGAAUGAUCAGAGGGGUAUUUAUGCUCUAUUAUUGAGUAUAUUAAGUCUAUUAAGGAUCUCAGUAAGAGAAGAAAAACACUUAAUUGUCAAUAUGAGAGUUAUGACUCUGCUACGCCUAUGAUGAUAGUUGUCCAAUUUCAGGAGUAUUUUGAUGUUAGCAGAUGUCUAGCAGAAAUAUUAGAAUUUAUGAUAAAAUAAUGGUGCUGAUAUUCGUCUUAAAGACAAACAUGAACUCACUAUUUUUGACUAUCUUGCUAAAUAUUCUACAAAUGAGGAUGCUAUAAAAAUUGUAAAGAAAGAAGAGAACAGACUAAGAAAACUUGGCCUUAAUGAAUCAAUCAAAAGCAAAAAAAAAUGAAUAAAAAAAUUUAAAGGAUCUGGGUCACAAUACCUCUCUGUAUCUGGAAUCUCCAAGAACUUAAUUAAUCAUCCUCAAAGAGGCAGAGACAGAGCUUUGGCAGAUACUUUCAUAGACAACAUUACUCCCUGGGCAACAGAAGACAAUAGAAGAAACGUCUUAUCCCCUUGAUACCCCUUCAACCCCAUUUGUUUCCAACCAAAGCCCCUAGCUUCUGAUUCUGCUUCCAAAAUCUGCUAAAUUCCAGCUCAGACUCUUCGUACAGACUCUUGAUUCUCUGCAGUUAAU